UUCAGAGAGAGCGAGAGAGAGACGAGAAAGAGCCGGAUGGCGAAAAGGUUUCGAGGGCUAUGGGCACAUGAUACAGAAAACCUUCGUCUAAUUUUAGGAGCUGAGAUUGAAAAGCUUCAAUGCCAUCCAGUAUUAAUAGCGAUGAUGGGGCAUCCCUGCACAGGUAGGAAAGUAGCUGCCUAUUUGUUGGCAGCAACUCUGAAAUGCCCCCUUGUCAAAGAAGAAGAUAUCCAAGCAAAAUCUAACUACCAGGAUGAAGAAGAAAACGAAGACGAAGUUCAAGCUCUUAUCACUCGGGGGUGGGACAAACCACCUUCUCUCGAAGAUCUUCAAAGGCAACUCUUGGAGACCGCUAAUACCUAUGAUGCUGGGGAAACCCCCAAGUUCAUAAUGAAGAUGUCAGUAGAUGGGGAAAAAUAUGAAUGCGUUUCUAAGGUUCUGGUUUCGAUUGUUUCCCGACUUUAUCCUGACCAUCAUCAAGUUAAGGGAAGAUGUGGAAACGGUCAUGCCAUUGACUACACAGACGAGCAAGAGAAUUACGAAACCAGCUGCAACGACUGCUCGAAACCCGUCUCGGGAUUCAACAGUUACAAAUGCUCUAGGCAAGGAUGCAACUUCAUCCUCCACAAAUCAUGCGCCAAACAGUUACCGUCUGAGCUCAGGGUGAUAGAGCACGGCAUCUGGACCAUCCAUCUUAGAAAUGCGGAGGACUACAAGAGUAGCGGUGGUGUCCGGUGCAGUUGCUGUGAAGAACUCAUCACAGGAUACUUUUAUCGAAUUAAUAAUCUGAGCGUUUUAGACCUUAAAUGCCUACUCCUACCGUCUAAGCGUAGGGUCAAAUUGCACAAGCACAGGCUUCAACUUACUUUUGAUUCAUCUGGUUUUGCUUGUGGUGCAUGUGGGAUUUAUUAUGAUUACCCUCUAGCUCUGCACUAUUUUUGUCGUCGAUGCCCAUUUAAAGUAGAUGUGAACUGCGCCUGGUUACCAGAUACAGCGAUAUAUAAAACACAUAAAUACCCGUUUAAGCUCACUCUUUGUCCGCAGGACGACACAAAGCAAGAGUUGUACUGUAUGUUUUGCCAAGAAAUAAUUGAUCCGAAUUAUUGGAUGUACAAUUGUGAAGGGGAUUGUGAUCAUCCUGCUCAUGCUCGUUGCCUCGUACCAUCGGCUCGGCCUCCUGAGAAUGACUAACCCAAUCGCGCGCCGAUGAUACUACUUCUUAUGCAACAUUUCAAUUUCUUUUUUCUAUUAUAAAAUGUAAGUCCUUGCAUUAAUUUGUUGUACUUGGAAGUCUAGAUUCUAUUAUUAAAUGUAAGAAUCAAAAUGUUCUUC